AUGCCUCGCUGCAACAAACUCCCAACCGCCGAAAUUCAGGCUAGCGUGAGCACGCUAUGCCUCGAUGCCUUCAACCGGUACAAGGUCGCCAAAGCGGCUGGAGUACUGAACGAAACGGAGCUAAACACCUUAUACAACGAAUUCAUGACGCUCAGCAGCGAAAUGAACAUGUUGACACUCCAAGUUUCCGGAUUGAGGUCAAAAAGUCCGAAGGAGGAGCGGCCGAAGGCUCAGUUGUGGUUGGUCUAA